CUGUAUCAGGACAGUAUUUUUUCCCAGAUAUAAGCCAUAGAUUGCAGACUACAUGAAGCUCUUGGACACACACAUGCACACACACACUUGGACGCACACACCCACCACACACCCACCAAGCCAAAGGUUGCAGACUGCAUGAAGCUAUUGGACACACACACACACACACAAACACUCAAAAUUUAAUGGGAGAGCUCAAGACUGUGAGCAUUGGGGUUUGGCACCAAUCUUCCUCCCAGAGUGCUGCCCAAAUCCAGCUUCCAGGCAGCUAAUCAAAGGCACUUGCAGCACCGGGGGAAGCAGUGUUGAAGCCGGUUUUGGCCAGCUUGGGGUUUUGCAAGCCCAGUGGGUCUGUCUGUCCAUGGGACUCUCGUAGAGAACAUCAAACUUCCUCAGUCACUGCCUGCAAUCUAAACAUGUGUGCACAGGGGUUCCUCAAGUUGGUGCUGCUGCUGGCUGCUUCGCUUCUAACUCUGCUGCCUGCAACUCUUCAAACUUUCUCCCUGGCCCUGCGGAGUGGCUCCCGCAGCGUCUCCUCAUGUAGACUGUCCCGUGCUGAAUCGGAACGCAGGUGUCAUGUCCCAGGGGGAAAGUUGUGCAGUGGCAGAGGCCAAUGUGACUGCGGUGUCUGCAUCUGCCAAGUGACUGAGCCAGGCAAAUACUACGGUCCACUGUGCGAGUGCCACGAGUGGGUGUGUGAGACUUAUGAUGGCGAGACUUGUGCAGGCCAUGGAAAGUGUGACUGUGGGAAAUGCAAAUGUGAUGAAGGCUGGUAUGGUGAUGCUUGUCAGUACCCAACUAUUUGCAAUCUUACACGGAAGAAGAGCAAUGAAAUGUGUAAGAAUUCUCAAGAUAUUAUCUGUUCUAAUGCAGGCAUAUGUCAAUGUGGCAGAUGCAAGUGUGAGAAUUCGGACGGGAAUGGACUGAUCUAUGGUAAAUUUUGUGAGUGUGAUGACCGAGAAUGCAUAGAUGAUGAAACAGGAGAGAUCUGUACAGGCCAUGGAAAGUGUUACUGUGGAAACUGUUACUGUGAGGCUGGUUGGCAUGGAGAUAAAUGUGAAUUCCAGUGUGACAUCACCCCAUGGGAGAUCAAGAAAAGAUGCACAUCUCCAGAUGGCAAAAUCUGCAGCAAUAGAGGCACGUGUAUAUGUGGUGAAUGCACAUGCCAUGAUGUGGACCCAACUGGUGACUGGGGAGAUAUUCAUGGAGAUACCUGUGAGUGCGAUGAAAGAAACUGCAAGGCAGUGUAUGACAGAUAUUCUGAUGACUUCUGUUCAGGUCAUGGACAGUGUAAUUGUGGAAGAUGUGAUUGUAAAAAAGGAUGGACUGGAAAGAAGUGUGAACAUCCACGUUCUUGUCCAUUGUCAGCUGCGGACAGCUCUAAGAAAUGCCAAGGAAGCUCUAAUUUACCUUGCUCCGGAAGAGGGAAUUGUGAAUGUGGCCAGUGCACUUGUUUCCCUCCAGGAGAUAACAGAGUUCAUGGUAAAACCUGUGAAUGUGAUGAUCGACAGUGUGAAGAUAUGGAUGGCAAUGUCUGUGGGGGCCAUGGCCUCUGUUCUUGCGGUCGAUGUGUUUGUGAGGAUGGAUGGUUUGGACAGUUGUGUCAACACCCAAGAAAGUGCAACAUGACAGAAGAUGAGAGCAAAAGCUUUUGUGAAUCAGCCAAUGGCAUAUUGUGCUCGGGAAAGGGUUCCUGUCACUGUGGAAAGUGCAUCUGUUCAUCCCAGGAAUGGUACAUUUCAGGGGAAUUUUGUGAAUGUGACGACAGAGACUGUGACAAACAUGAUGGUCUCAUCUGCACAGGCAAUGGUGUAUGUAGCUGUGGAAACUGUGAAUGCUGGGAAGGAUGGAAUGGGAAUGCUUGUGAAAUCUGGCUUGGCACAGAAUACCCUUAAUCAUAACAUGGAGCAUCAAGGACUGAGGGGUUUGGUUUGGUUUUUUAGGCUGCUAGAACAAUUAAAUGCAAGGCAAACCACAUAGAACCACCACCAGAAAUAUUCAAAUAGACCAAUGUAAGUUUCUGUGUUUCAUAACAACCAACUGCAGGUCUACUCCUGCUCCUAUUGAAUUAAUUUACCACACUCACAUUGACUUCAGUGGGAGUGAGACUGGCCUUAGAAGUCUUAAGGGUUGAAUUCCUGGCUCCACUGAAGUGAUACAAGAAAGCUUUAUUGCAUAGUUUAGCUUGUUGUCAAAUCUCGACACCAUUACGUAACGAAAUGGCAUUCAUAUAAAAGAGUAGAGCUGGCUGGAUAUUUGUCAAAAAAGGUAUCUGAUGCUAUUUCUGGUAUCUGUCAAAUACAUUAUUAUUUGGCUGGGUUUUUUUCCUUCCAAUUCUGAUUAUUUCCCUGCUCCAAUAACAAGAGAAGCUGUAAAUUGCUCCUCAAAACUAAUUAUUUUAACUUUUGUCAGAGAUCUGCAGUUGUAUAACUGAGAUCCAAAUACCUAAACAACCCCAGAGAGUAGGCCAAUGACCCAAAUUAUAAAACCAGACCCCAUUGCUAGAACAGAGCAAUUAAAAAAAUAAAUAAAUCUUGAUUUCUGUGGUUACAAUAUCAUUAAACUGGUUAUUUAGUCUUCAUACUACACUCUCAAAUACAUAACCUGUAGGAUAAGAUUUUUUUUUAAAAAAAUCCUGAUAAAUGAGUUGCUAUAUUUAAUAAAUAUCUUAUAACUUGUAUGUACUUUUACCAUAGUGUUAUGUAUGUACACUUACCUAGUCAUCUUAAAAAGAAAAGCACAUGAAAAUGUAUUAGGUAACUUUUAGGAUUCCAAUUCUGUAUGCUAUUAGGACUCACUAUUUCGGAACAGAUUACACUGUCACACACGAUAUUCACUGUAUCUUAUUACUUUUAUAGAGGCUGGGAGUCCGACCGUCAACUGAAUUAGAAAAUCAGGUACAUUGUACUGCACACUGCUGUCAAUGAAAGAUGUUCCAAUGGUGGAAACAAAAUAAUUGAAUUGCAGUUUUCGAACAGUAAAUACAAACAGUGCAGGGGUAUGAACAAAAUUUUUAUUUCUUAUCAAUGGUGAAAUGCUGCUCAGUGGGAAAUUCACAUUGAAUUAUGAAAGAUGCACAACUAUCUUGGGACUUCCCUAAGUUAUUUACAUUUGAAUCUUUUUUCCCUCCUACGUGUAGGUUUGGCAGCCCUUUAAUUCUUCAGAGCGAAAAAAGACGUACAUUUUCUUUUCAAACGUGAUUGACAUUUUGAUUAAAUCACAAAACAAAUCAAACUUUGAUAUUGUUAUGUUGUGAUGUAGGUGUCAAGUUUCAGGCUUUUAGUUUGAUACAAGACUAAGAAAUAAGGAACCUGUGUAUCAACUGAAAAAUGGUAUUUCCAUUAUUACACUAGAAAUUUGUUUUCUUAUAGAAAGGACAUUGAUUAUUUAAAUUGGAAAAUACACCAGUACAGAACAUGUAACAGUUAUAAUGUGAAAACUUCAGGUGCGCGAUGGAAAGGUUUUCAACAAUCAUUCCCCCCCCCCGCAUUUAGCUUGCUCUUGCUCUGACCUCAUUUUCUUUUUAAACAUAAAUGUGCAGCUUUUCAAAGCCCAUGUUCUCAGGGAGGCGUAAUCCAGUCACCUCUAAAUGUCUGUGCAUAACUUAUUCAUGGGAGUUCUGCACAUUCACAGAGACAACUAUACCCAAAAGCUGCUACUGCCUCUCCUUCGAUAACCAAAAUAUCAGGCAGAGUUCUCAAAUGUAUUGAUGCAGCAUAAACAAACUUUGAAGUAAAACAAGUUUUGAAAUCACAUUUUAUAUUUUAUGGUUGUAACCGUUAAACUGUACAGAGAUUAGGUAUUUCACUGUGUCAUUUGAACAUUUGCUGACGCUGGUCUUUGACUGGUGAACACAAGCUUGUUGGUUUUAUUUCUAUAUAAAUUAACACAGAUCUGAAGUCUCUUAUUGUAAUAAAUGUCUUACAGAUGUGGGUACUUCUGAGUCAAUGAAAGAGAAAAGGAAAUCAAGCUUCAUUAUGUCUCCCAUGUAUGUACAGUACUUUGUACAGCUAACAAAGUAGAAAAUCAAUGUUGUUUAGAUUGAAUAGAUACUUGGUAUCAUUUAAACAAACUAGCAAACAAAAUACUGUAUCUUAGCUAUGAUAUUUCAGGCAGCCAUAUUCCUAGACUGGAAAAUGAUUCUAAGGCCAUAAAUUGCUGGAUAUCUGUGUGUCAUGUAAUAUUUGAUUGAUGUAUUUUAUUUUACUGUGUGAUUUUGUUUGUUUUCCUUUUAAGUUUGUAAACUAAAAACAUAGAAGUGAGUCUAAUUUCUAGUAAGACAAACUUUUAAACACUUCCAUAAUAGGUUUGUUUUUUAAUUUUCAGCUACUGGGGUGGAUUAAUAUCGCCUUAUUUAAAAAAAAUAUUUUAAAAUUCUCUUUGACAAAACUAGUGCCUGGGAUUAAGUAAAAUAUAAAGUAUCAAAGCAAAACUGUGCUAUAAGCCAUAUAGUAUUUACUAAGACUGCUCAAAAUGUAAUGGAUAUCUAUUUUCUUUUCCAUUUUUUGUUCUUUUUUUGUGUGUGUGGCUUGAACAGCUUUUUUUCCCACACUGAGGAAACUAGUGAUAUGAGUCCCAGUACAUCUUCUACGCAACUUAUUCCCUUGCUUUAAAAAUAAGACUUGAAGAUAAAUAUUAUUGUUCCAUGUAUGUGAAAAUACUGUCUGCCUAAAUUGUAAAAGUAAAAAGAGGUGCAAGGGAGUGAAAAAUAUUUCCCAUCUAAUUAACAUACACUAAUUAUGUCACUGCUUCCAGGUCUCGGGCAAACAGUAAUUACAGAAAGAGAAAGCUGGUUAGAUAAGUAGGGAGUUUGAUACUGAACACAUAUACAUUUCUCCAUUCUUGUGAUAAAAAGGGCACCAUCUGAAAAGUGCUGAAUACUACUUCUGAGCACUUUCAGCACUUUGCAGGAUUGUGGCCACUCUAUAUAACUUCUUUUUGGGUUUCAGACAUAAACUUGUUGUUCACUGUUUUGCUUGUAUCCAUGAUUUAGCAAAGGGAAAGGAUUUCUGGGAGGGUAAAUGGUCAAGCUCUCUUUCAGAGGCGUGUAGCUGGAGAUUUGAUCAUGUACCCCUGGCUUGGUGUUUUUGAUGCACUGCCCUCCUUCUUCCUGGAAUGGUGACUCACUUUACUUCUAAAUUAUAUUUCGUACUGUAGUCCAGGGACAAAUAAAACUAAGUUGAAUAUUUUUACAACUGGGCUCUAGAACAAAGAUUUUGUUACAUUAAAAAAAAAAAAAAAUCAUAGGACUUGCAUUAGACAUCCUGAAAAAAUCUUGAAAUGUAUUGCACAGAUCACAAAUUUAUCCAAAGGAGCAUUUAAACAAAACUAUACUAUGUCUAAUUUUCCUAUGUUUUCUGACCUGAAUGGAGUUGAAUAUUUCUACUUUGUACCACAGAACAGAUGGAUCAACAAGACACACCUUUAAUACAUGGGUCAAUCUCUCUGUCUACUCGACUGACUGCUAUAACACUACAGCAGCAGAGAAUUUGUCCCUCUGUGUGUAAACAAUUAUGAGCUUUACAAGAUUCUUUCAAGUAAAUACACUGUGAAAGAAGGUCCUUUUAUUCUUUUGUGGGUUAAUUUUGUUAUACAAAUCAUAUGGAUGAAAAAAUGACAAUACAUAAACAUGUUGAUUUGAGCAUUUCUUAAAGAAUAGGAGAAGAAGCAAAAGAGGUGUUAAGUGAGCUACCAACCACUUGUGAUAUUUCUGGAGAAGCUACUGUAGUUUUUCAUAAACAUGACCAAGCUGGUAAGGGUUCAUGUGAAUCUAUAAAACGCUUUUUAAGCCCAACUAAAAUAGUGCUUUAUUCAAUUUGUACAUAGCUACCAAGAACUGUGUUUCAGAGUAACAGCCGUGUUAGUCUGUAUUCGCAAAAAGAAAAGGAGUACUUGUGGCACCUUAGAGACUAACCAAUUUAUUUGAGCAUGAGCUUUCGUGAGCUACAGCUCACUUCAUCGGAUGCACAAGAACUGUGUGUGUAUGCGUGACUGAUAGUUUGCCAAAAUUGUUGCUGAAAUAAAAAUGAACUUUUUGUUUCAGAGGGAAAAUGAAGAGAUAAUGCCCAUCUGCAUUAUUAACGUACCUGUGCAUUAGUGAGAUAGACAGUGAAGAGAUUGGGAUUUCUUUUUUGGACCACUGUGCAAACCACGCUCUCUGGGAUUAAAUAAAAAGAAAGGAAGGAACACUACAAAACACAGCAUGCAAAUGUCUGGCAUACUGUAGAGUCACAUACAUUGCUGUACAUGGAAAUACAAAACACAAAAUCUGUAAAUAUAAAUUAAUUCAUCAGGUUUACUAUACAGUACUUUAGUAGUAACAGACAGUUGAAAAUAGUUUUCACUUAACAGCAAAAUUAAUUUUAGAGGGAACAAAAUGGCGAAGUCUUAUCCUGGAGCAAGAGAGGUAAUAUAUCAAGGAGCUAAAAUUUUCUUUGGCAUGGUAAAGGGGGAGAAUUGAGUUUGCCAACCUAGCUACAUGGUUUCACUAUAUUGUGGCCAGUGCAAUGUUAUUUUGCACAUUCUGCUUGUUAGAUAAAGUUGUUUUGUUUUUCAAUAUGCCUUCAUAUAAACAUUUUAUUCAAUAUGUUGCCUCUGUGUAUACAACAAAUGAUAAUAAACACAAACUGUACAAUGCAAACCAACUCUUUGCAUAUAUGUAUGUAAAUUUAGUAAUACAUACCAACAGUUCUUGAUACGCAUAGCCUACUACAUGCAGUUCAUCAUUGCCAUCCUCUUCCCAUGCAACAGAUGAGACAAGAGACAAAAUUAAAGGAGUGACCAAAGCACAAAUAACAAAGACCCCUGUGCUCUAUGUUUAAACAGACUUUAGAAGAAAUUGUUUUAAGACAUCCAUUCACAGGAUUAAACAUCCUUACAGGCAACCCCUGUAAACAAAAAUAAAACUGGUGAUACAUUUACAGUACAUACUAGUCAUGUACAAAAAUAAAUUCAGCCUUAAUUGUAACUAGUCAACGGGUUGGCAGAGAUAAUAGCUGCCUGAGAUGUCAGGUUUAAACGUGACAAUGGUGAUGUAUAUGGCCGUGGGACACCAGUUCCAGAGAGCUGAAAUUCAGAGGACCAGCUUGUGCUCUCUACAUCCUCAGGGCACACCUCAGGCAUUUCUGUGGCACUUUCUCACACUCUGGACCCUGCAGAGCCACCUCUGUGCAGUCCAGGGUCCAAACUGGGCAGGCUGGAGACUGAGUGGGACAGGGCAAGAAUGCACAUAGGCUCCCUCACCAGCUCUGUGAACAUUAGACACAAAAGAUAAUGCAGCUUUUCCGCAUAACCCCCUUCCCCAAUCCCAAGAGGCGCUACAGCAGAGGUGAGGGGGACGGGGAGGUCAUUGAGGCUCCAAUGCCAGGACGCCACCAGAGAGCCAGGGCAGAGCUCUACUCUGGUAGUCCUGGUCUCCUACUGAUCCACCAGGGGAGGCUUCAUAGCCUUUUUUUUGGCGGGGGGGGGGGGGGGCCCACAAGUCCCACCCCUCUUGGUGGGAUGAGAUGGGAGGCUCACCACAAGGGGUGUCUCAUGGAAAUUUUCUCCUUUAAAGCCACCAGAGGAGGGGAUGAUCUGGGCCAAAAGUUACUUUAUGCACAUUUUGUCACAGCAUUAACGUAGCUUUGUCUUUGUUUAAAUACUUACAAACAAACUUCACUUGAUAUGUUUCACUCGGCUCUUUAAAAAGCCCCAAACUUUGUCUGUUUUACACAGUAUCUAAACAAGGAACCUAAAACUGUCAAAAGACUCAUAGCAGCAUUACAAUAACCUACUUGAACAAUAUGCUGGGUUACUUAUUAAAAUGGAACCCCUCCCGUAUGACAAAGCAUGGAGAGUUAAUGUAGACUGAAUCAGUAUGCAGCUAAACAGGCCAGCAAUUUGAAACAACUGGUGGCCUGUCACAGAGCUCUGUGUAAUGCCAUGAGAAAAUUAUUUUUUUCAGUAAAUACAAUUGCUCAAAAGGGAAGGAUGAAGUCUGUCUCCCUUAAACAUGAUAACAGCAAGAGGCCAAUAGAAGGUUGUCACACACAGUUUGCCAAAACUCAGGUACUUGUUGCCCUUUCUGAGAAGCAAAUGCCUAUUAAGCACACACAGAAUAGCCUUAUUUCAGUCUUUUGAAAGUAUGCGACUAAAUAUUUGAAACUCAUUACCUACAGUAUUUAACACUACAAUGGCAUCUUUGUUGUACUGUCUAAAGCUUAUUACCCAUUUUAUUUUUUUCUCAAUUGGUUUCAUGACAGUUAACUGACACCAGUGAAAUGUCACCAAUAUUUUUCAUGAAGCAAUUGAACAUGAUCCAAGGACUCAAUCUCAUAAUGGGUUUGAUUUCCGCUAGUUAGAAUGUAUAAUAUACAGAAAGCAAGGCAAGGCACCGUUUAUCUAGCAACUGGGUGGGAACAUCCUAAAAAGCUGGGUUAGAGGUAUGGGUUACAGGGUGAAAUACAUAGGACUGGACUCUGCAUGCUGAGCUAAACAUUUUUUGUUAAUGUUUUCUAAUAGACCCAGUUUAAAAAAAAAUUAAAAGUAUAAUUUUAAAUAUAUUUAAAGUAUAAUUUGUAACCACCCUUUGCAUUGGUGCUGCUAAAAAGAACACAACAUCAUCCUUGCCCGUGCUUUGCUGAGGAAGAGUGGGAAACAGCCAAAAUAAUGAUGGCAUUAAAUUCAGUUAAUUAAAAACAGGAAAGGAUUAGAUCUGAACUGGAUUUAGGUAGCGCAAUUCUUGUUAGUCUUAAUUAUUGUUUUUCAAACAAUGAUGAUUAGUAGGUGAAAAAUGAGCCUUAAUUCAGGCCUACAAGGCCUACAGAGUUCUUUGGACCCACUUUCCCAAAAAUGAGUGGGUCUUGCUCGCUGGGCAAGGCAAAUGUUACCAUUACCAGUAAGCCUGUGAUAUGUAUAAAACACACACACAAAAAGAAACUAUAGGGAGAUGUCAAACACUAGUCUCAAAAAUUUUUCUACUGGUCGUGUUUGACACUUUUCCCACCACAAUAAUGCCAACCUCAGGAGCAUGGUACUGGUUACUAAAGUGUAUUCACAUUUAUCAAUAUUCUACGUCGGAGACAAUGAUCCUAGUCUUCAUAGAUAUAAUUCAUAAUAAUAGGUUUUUGAAGGCUUCCUGAUUCCCUGAUUGCUUUCAGAACUAAGCCACCUGCAACAUUUAAGUUUAGAGAACCACAA